AUGGAAGCAUAUUUAAACUUAUGGCAAUCCUAUCUAGAAAUUGGACUCGAGCAACAUCAAUGGCCAGAACAACUCAUUUUGAUGGCAAAAACAAAUGAUUUUGAUAUAUGUCAACAGUUUCUUAUCACUUAUAUCGAAGAUAUCAAACGACAGAUCGAUGAACAACAAGUGAAAUUGAUUGAACACUCUGCAUUCUGUCCAAUUCUACUGAUACCAUUCGAUCGAAUGGAUCAUUGUUUAAAAGAAUUAAUCGAUUCUGAAAGGAAAUAUUUAUCAAAACGAUACAAGAAUAGAUUAAUUAAAUUUAAAGAUUGUGUACAAGAAAAGCAACUCUAUGAACUUAUAAUUACUCAGUGUUCAACUGUAGAUCAAUUACUUACAAUACGACUAAAACAAGCUGAAAUUUAUGAAGAACAGUUGAAGUUGGAAAUGAGAAUUCUUUAUCAAUUCUUACCAGAAAAUUUCAAUCUUUUACAAAGUUUUAUUUCACCUAUUACUUCUGUAUCAUUGAAUAAUCCACAAAAAAGUAUUCAAUUGAAGAAUGAACGUAUCAAAAUAAUAAAAGAAGCAAAACGUAAAUGGUUACAUCUAUUUUUAUCUGCUUAUGAAAUUAAAUUACAAGAAUAUGAUCUACAAUAUCAAGAAGUAUUAAAACAGUUGGAAUCGAUCAUAUCGAAUAAUACAAAUAUAGAUGGUGUGACUCUUCUUAAUAAAAUCAAUCAAUAUAUGUCAUAUCGUACCAAUCGAAUGAAACAAGAUGUGUCAAAUAAAAUGUUUGCUUUUCAAAGAAAACUACGUCGUAAUCAUCGACGUUCAUCAUCAACAAAGAAUAUGAUCAGUGUUUCAUCUGAACCAUAUCUUGAUCUAGUUUCAAAUCCAUUUACUACAACUGAAUGGCAGUAUCUUAUGUUAGGUCCAUCUUGUAUACGAUUGAAUCAAAGUGCACUUCGUUCUCGAAAACAACAAGACAUUCAAAUUAAAAAUGAACAUAAUGAUAUUUUAACUAAAGUUCAAAAUAAUCUCAUUGAAUAUUGUCAUAUACCAAGAACAAAUUCUAUAUUUCGAGAAUAUUCAAAUCAACUUCUGGAUUAUUUCCAUCAUAGUUAUCUUACUCGUCUAUCAUACAAAGAUCAAAUUCAAGCACAAGAACAAUACCGAAUUGUGACAUCAAUUCGAAAGAAAAUUAAAAAAGAAAACCUUGCUAUUCGUCUUACUGAUAAAAGUCAUAACUUUUAUAUUGGUUCAGCAAUUGAAUUUGAAAAGAAAGCACAAAAGUUCUUUGCUGAUACAAAUGCUUUUGUUGAAUUAACAGAGAAUCCAUUUAAUGAAAUCUUAAAUAAAGUUAUUCAGCUUCUCAAUAAUCUUCAUUCAAAGAAACUUAUCUUAAAAUGGCAAUAUGAUAAAAUGAUGCCUAAUCGAAAAAAAGUUGAAUUAGCUCAUUUAUAUUUCAAUCCUAAAACACAUAAGGAUGAUAUACCAGUUCGACCUAUUGAAAAUACCAUUCGUGCUCCAACAACGAAUAUAUCCAAUUUUCUUGAUAAGAUUAUUCGACCUCUAUUUGAUAAACAAUGUUAUGUAACUGCUAUUAUCGAUGGCGCACAUUUAAUUCGACGAAUGAAUCAAUAUAUUAAUAAAGGUGUAUUUAAACCUUCGACACUUUUUUGUACUUUUGAUAUUCAUAAUUUAUAUACAAUGUUACCACAAGAGGAAUCAUUGGAAAUAGUAAUUGAAUUUCUUCAUGUACAUGGAUAUACAAAAGUCAAUGGCAUUGAUCCUAUUACAAUAAAAGAUUUAGCUUCAAUUGUAAUCAAAGAAAAUGUGUUUGUUUAUGGUACCAAAAUUUAUAAACAAACUACUGGUGGUGCAAUGGGCUCAUCAUUUACAUUAACAUUAGCUAAUAUAUUCAUGUGGAAAUGGCAAAAAGAAUUAGUUCAACAACAAAAUAUGACAAAUGAAUUCUUUGGAAGAUAUAUCGAUGAUAUUUUUAUGACAUGGAAUAGACCAGAAAAAGAAUUAAAAGAAUUAUUAGAUGCAGCAAAUACAUGGCAUCCUAAUAUUAAAUUAAAUUAUAAAAUUAGUCAAAGUCUUCCAUUUCUUGAUGUACUUUUGACUAACAAUAAUGGUAUUCUUUCAACAUCAGUCUAUCGAAAGCCAGUUGCUGAACCAUAUGUUGUACCAUUUAUAUCCGAUCAUCCACGACAUGUAUUUGGAAAUAUUAUACAAACUGCAUUAACUCGAGCUGUUCGAUAUUCAUCAACAUUUGAAGUAUUUAAUAAUGAACGCCGUCAUAUUAAACUGAUGUUAUUAUAUAAUGGUUAUCCAUCUUCAUUUAUUGAACGUCAAUUUCAACGUUUCUUUUCUGAAUAUGUUGAUUCAUCACCAUUUUUACCAUUGAUUCAAAAUGAAGUACAAUUUUUUCUGAUACGACAAAAAGUUAUGGCUGGACCAACAUCUCAACAAUCACAAACAGUUAUUAAUAUACAUAAAAUUAAUAUUGAGAAUGAUCCAAUCAAUGAAGAAUACAUUGAACUAAAAGAUCUAAUAAAAAGUCAACUGCAACAACAAACAAAUUUUAGUGAUAAAUUAUUCGUUCAUUAUACACAUGAAAAACGAUUUCAUUCGAUCAAAAGAGAUAUACAUCAAAUCUAUGAUAAUAUCUUUAAGAAUAAACCAACAAUAGAUCAUCGAUUAAUUGUUGGCAGUCGUAACCAUCGAAAUGCGCAAAACGAACUAAUUCAUAAACGACCAAAACUAUUCUUUCUGAAAAACAAGAUAAUAAAAAGUAAACAUUAG